ACGUAUUUCAUGAGAGGAUAACGUAAUUUACGCCAAAUCUACUCGUGCCAUAGACGUCUGUGGUGGUAACAAACCUUCUUCCACUUUUCCCCAGCCUUACUCCUCCUGCUUUCAUGGCUUUUGCAAUUGCGAAUUUAUCUUCGUUGCCUCAGUCCUUUUCUGUAAUAUCUGCUGCAUCAUCAUCAUCAUCAUCAUCAAAAGAGUCGAACUCAAGCUCAAAUUCACUUAAACUGAGGGAAGAUUGGAGGAAACGGUCCAAGCCCAUUUCUCCCGGGAGCACUUAUCCUGCUAAAGACCACUGCAGUCAAUGUGGUUUGUGCGACACCUAUUACAUUGCCCAUGUGAAGAACGCGUGUGCUUUCUUAGGAGAUGGGAUGUCUAAGAUUGAAGGCUUGGAACCUAUGGUUCAUGGCAGAGGGAGGAAACUGGAUUCACCUGAUGAGACAUAUUUUGGCGUCCAUGAAGAUUUGUUGUAUGCUCGUAAGACUAAGCCUGUAGAAGGAGCCCAAUGGACAGGAAUAGUAACAACCAUCGCAAUAGAAAUGUUGAAAGCUAACAUGGUUGAAGCUGUCAUUUGCGUACAGAGUGAUCCAGAGGAUCGACUUAGUCCGAGGCCUGUUUUGGCCAGGACACCGGAUGAAGUUCUGGCAGCAAAAGGUGUUAAACCAACAUUAUCUCCUAAUCUGAAUACCCUUGCCCUAGUUGAGGCAGCUGGUGUAAAGCGUCUUCUUUUUUGUGGUGUUGGUUGCCAAGUACAAGCACUAAGAUCCGUGGAGAAGUACUUGAACUUGGAAAAGCUAUAUGUCCUUGGAACCAAUUGUGUGGAUAAUGGGACUCGAGAUGGGCUAGAUAAGUUUCUGAAGGCUUCAAGCAGUGAUCCAGAAACAGUAAUGCAUUAUGAGUUUAUGCAAGAUUACAAGGAUACUAUAUUGUUGAUGUUUGAACAGGUACACCUGAAGCAUUUGGAUGGCCAUAUUGAAGAGGUUCCUUAUUUCUGCCUACCAGCGAAUGAAUUAGUCGAUGUUAUUGCACCAUCCUGCUAUAGCUGCUUUGACUACACAAAUGCAUUAUCGGAUUUGGUGGUAGGGUACAUGGGUGUGCCAAAAUAUACUGGAGUAAGCAUGACACAACAUCCACAAUAUAUUACUGUCAGGAAUGAACGCGGAAGAGAAAUGCUUAGUCUGGUGAAGAAUCUUUUGGAGAUUAACCCAACUGUCAGCAGUGGAAAUCGUCGUCCUUAUGUGACACAAACAGUUAUUGCUGAUGAUAAUGCAAAAUUGGGUAAAUGAUCUGCCUUUAUUCUUAAACUGUGUCUUACAAAAGUGCUCCUGCAUUUUCUGGGAAUCUGAGAGGUUUUGGAGGUGGCACUAAUUGGCCUUUGAUGUUCAUUUAUCACUAAGUCAUCUAGUGAUUGGUAUUCACAUUAAUAGCAUAGUCAUCUUUGAUAAUCGAGGCAGGUUUUUUUUUUUUCCUGGACUAACAGUCAAGGAAACCAUUCAUUAACUGUUGGCUACAUGUGCCAUGUGGCACUUGGUGUGCACUCAUAAGUAGUGGACACAUCCAUGCAGUAAGUUUCUGCCCAAAUGUCGUUUGCCGUUUUGUGGAAUGUAAGUUCUGGAAAAUGGUGAAAAUGUCCAUACAAUUGAGAACAGUUGGAUGGCUGAAAAUUCAGGGGGAAAAGUUCAAUACAUGGAAAGGCAGGCGGUUGGGAUUGUAUACAAAACUUGAAACAAGGUAGAUCCAAAAUGUAUCAUACCUUCCCAAUGUAGAGUAGCCAAAUUAUUCUCCAGGUAGAAGAAGUAGUUUA